AUGAGAUGCCGGAGCACAGAGGAAGAGAAAGGAAGAGCCCAUGCUAAGGAAGCCCCCGCCGCCGAAGCCGCUGGGAAGAGGGUAAAAGAGCCGCAGAAGGCAACUGGAUAUUCAUACGCUGCAGAGGAGGAAAGGAAUGAAGAAUAUAAUCCUGAAGAAUCUUCUGAUGAGGAAGAUUAUAGUAUUCAACAGGAGACGGAAAGUGACAGUGAGGAGGAAACAGCUGCAACAAUACAUGAAAUAACGCCGCUACAAAAACUGCUCAUGAGAUUCAUCUGGGCGGGGAAGCAUUCCAGGAAACGAAAAGCUCUUCUGGAAAGACUAAGAAAAAAGGCAGAACUACAUGGCGAGCUACAUGAGCACUCUUUCCAAAACGAUCCAGAGUGGCCAAGCAUCAAUGACAUCCCAGGGUUAUUCGCAAGUCCGCUUAUAGAUCCUACUCUUGUUUUGCGCAUGGAAUCCUUGGGCCUAAACGACGAAAGCCAAUACCAUCAUGUGUCGUCAAUUUUAUUAGGUCUGAAUUUCCAGAUCCUGACGGGCAAUAUAUUGGAUUCCACUGGCCUGAUGAAUACCCAGCAAGUGACAUGGCUGCUGAUGUUUGAUUCACUAUGACACUUACUUUCUGCACUUUUCAUGUUACUACAGUUUUACAUUGCAUUUUUAUUGUUUACAAUUUUUUUAUGUUUAUUUAUCUUGUUAUUUAUAUUAUAUUAAUUAGUUAUUUAAAUUUUUAUGGUGGUUAUUUUAUUUUGUCUAUUUUAAUCUGUCUACACCAGUCAUUUCCCAAACGUGGUCCCUCGGCACACUGCUAUUCCAUUUGACACUUCCCAUUGUUGGAGUUUAUUUUUCCGUUGAUUUUUUUAUUUUUUUAUUUCCAGCCCUGGCAUGCUCGCUGAUGACUGACGGCGCAGGGUGGAAGGGAAGCCUGCGUGCGAACUGCGCACAGUGUCCCACUCCCCCUUGCGGCCCAGUGAGGCAAAAAUGGAGCCAUGGUGAAGAAGCUGUAAUACCUGCGGUGCCACCGUCACUGCGGUGUCACCCAGGUCCACCCUCUACCCACCCCAACUGUCAACCCCCCGUCCACACCCGUGUCACCAUGUUCAUCCUCCUGUCCUCACUGUCACACAUGUUCCCCCUCCCCAUCAAUCAUGUCUACCCCCUAUUCACAUCUGUCACCCAUGUACACUCCUCUACACCCCUGUUACCCAAUUACACCCCUCUGUUACCCAUGUACACUCCUCUACACCCCUCUAUAAACCAUGUACACUCCUCUACACCCCUCUAUAAACCAUGUACACUCCUCUACACCCCUCUAUAAACCAUGUACACUCCUCUACACCCCUCUGUCACCCAUGUACACCCCUCUGUUACCCAUGUACACUCAUCUACACCCCUCUAUAAACCAUGUACACUCCUCUACACCCCUCUAUAAACCAUGUACACUCCUCUACACCCCUCUAUAAACCAUGUACACUCCUCUACACCCCUCUAUAAACCAUAUACACUCCUCUACACCCCUCUGUCACCCAUGUACACCCCUCUGUUACCCAUGUACACUCAUCUACACCCCUCUGUUGCCCACGUAAAAUAAUUGCGGAUCCUAAUGUGUUUGUUUUGCAUGUUUAACAGUGAAGAAUUGUGUGUGGAAUAAAUAGUCAAGAUGGCAACAAUUCAAAGUAGAGAAGAUAUUAUUUGUCAGUUGCUAUAUAAAGCAGAAAUUUUAAAUACAUACCAACUGAAAAAUAGAUAAUCCAUACUCCUUGUAUCUCGGCCAGCUGCAGCACCUGGCGUAUGAGAUAACCCCCGGUUUUCUAUAAAAUUUUACCUUGUUUAAAGGUAGUCUUAUAUGGCAUAUAAAAAAAAUAUUAGUUCCUUAGAAACUGAAUAUUUUUGAUUUACGUUUUUUUUUUUAACAAUUGAUGAUUAAAAUUUAUUUUCUGUAAUGAAAACAUUUCACAAAAACAAGUAGUAAUAAUAUUUUUAAAUAAACAACACUAUAAUAAUAAACCAUUAAUAAAAAAAGUAUUUUUUACUCAUGAAAAUAUACAUGAAUAUGCAUGUUAAACAAUAUAGCACAUAAACAAGUAUAUAGCACAUAACAAACAAGUAAAAAAUUAAAAUCUUGAGUGGUGUUUUUCAACCAUUGAUUGUUUGUCUGGUUUUUCAAUUGGUGCUAUAUUAGAAGGCAUUGUUGACCGGCGAGAGGUCCAGUCUAUGGAAAUGUUUCCAUCGGCAAGUCCCAUUACAUCCUGCAUGAUUUUCGAGACGAAUUCCUGAGUGGUUGGCUCAUACACUGAUCGUACAAACCACUCUUUCCGGGCUUUUGAAUAGGCAAGAUUGUACCUCGGUGUGCCUAAAGGUCCGCUAGUUUCAGUCUCUCUUGUAACAACUGCUUGCACUCUAUUCACAUUAUAAUUAUGGUCAAGAGCAGCAAGCUGUGUUCGAGCAUACACCCCGUCUGUACUAAAAUGAAAUCUUUUAGGCCUGUAUUUUGUUAGUGAACUAUGAAACACUUCCAGAUCUCCAGUGUGACAAAAGUUGCUAAGAUGUCUAAGGUCUUUUUGUAGUCUUGUAUCCAUGACAAUUUUUCCAAGUUCAACAUAACAGGCACUUUGUUUUUUUAACCAUUUUCGGGUGGACUGAAUGUCCUCAGGGAGUUGGUCAUGAUGACAAGAUGAUUCCUGACCAUUAUCAUCCUUCCAAAAAUGAACGUUGGUGACAUGGUACAAGACAGAGUUCCAUCUGUUUACAAGUUCAUCUGGAUUGCAUUCACAAGUAUUAGAACUCCACCAUAAAUGAUUUUUAAUUGGUCCUAUCCAUUCUGCUAAAUCUUGGCAGUUUUUUGUUUUUUUUUGCUGACGGCAAGUAGCUUUUUUCCAAUAGAUUUAGCUAAGUGCCAGACAUCAAACUGGUGACCAAUUGUUUUAUAUUCCUCACGCAGCAUUUUUCUGAUGGAUACGUGCCGGUCAGUGCAAACGAUGUCUAUGUCCACUUUAUUUUGCAGUAGAAAUUCCAAGGCAUUCUUGCACGCUAUUUUUUCAAGGGCAACAGAGGAUAAACCAAUACCGAUUUGUUGAAUGUUGAAAUUCAAUAUUUUGUUAGUUUCUACAUCCAUCAAUGUGUAUAUACAAUAUUUUGCACUGUGCCCGGGUGAAUCACAUUGUCCAUCUCCAGCAACACAUACUGCAUGUUGUGAUAUUUUUUCCAUUUCUAAUUUUUGAUUAAUUGUCCAAGAAUUUUCAAUUGCAGGAAAUAUAUAUAUUUUUUGGAUACGGUAGUAAGUAGCCUGGCUAAUUCCCAAAAUAUUAAAUAUUUUUAGGAACUGUUGGAUUUUGAUGUAAGUGUUUCCACUAGUAAUGAUAGCAGUAGCUAACUGUAAAUUUCCAAAUGGUUUCUUUCCCAAUCGGGGCUGGCUCUGCCAUAUGCGUUUUAAAUGUUUGGCCUCGCAUUCAGCAAAGACUGAAAUAUAUGAUCCCUUUGUUUUUUUAUACACUCUUAGUAUUUUUUUGUUGCAGGGUGGAUUAGAGGUACAAGGCAUCUUGUAUAGUAAUGUGUCCAAACAGCUUUCAUAAACUAUGAAUUUUCUUUCUUCAUGAUGUGGUACAUUUACAUUUACAAAUUUUUCACUCAGCACAUGCUGACUGUCCUCUUCUUCGUAGUCUUCAUCAUCUGAAUGAACUGAGUCUCCCUCAUCAUCACUUGAACUACUUUCAUUUGUUGAGACUGGAGUUGUGAUUGUUGAUAAACUUUUAUCUACUUCUAAAACAGAUAUAGGGGCAUGCAGAGUAGAUUCCUCCACAAUAACAGUGACUUCAGGGUCAAAUUGUCAAUUUGGAUAAAAGCGUGGCAGGUAGUAGUUCGUGUCUAGCUCUACAACUUUCUUGAAACUCAGGUACACUGUUAAGAGUUGCUGAUCCAGUUGGUCCUAUAUUUUUUUCGGAGUCGAAAAUAUUACACUGGCACCUUGCAAUGGCUCCGAAGGCAGGUUUCCAAAUACCAAGCUUUGUCUUGAUUUUUUUUUUCUCAAGAUUUUUUUUCUAACCAGUCUUCUGCAUUGUAUUUUUAUAGAGAAAGUUGUAGGUUUUACUUGUAUACACUGAUUUCCGGUUCCCCAAUUCCUGUCAAAUAUAGUUGCUGCUUCCUUUUUCGUUAUCUCUGAGGCUUGUGGCUCCGUUUCAGUUGGGUUAACAUGAGGUACAAUAUUUCGGCAGGUUGGGCACAUUUCCCCUGGCUUUAAACCAUUGGUUGAAGCUACGUCUUCAUCCAAUCUUUUCCUCUUUUGAGGAUUCAGGAUUUCAGCCUCAACUGCCUCGGCAGCUUGAACUUGUAUAUCCCGUGUAGGGAAAAUACUAGGAACGGCAAAGGGGGUGAGCCUCUGUUUUCCUGUAUUUGGAUUAAAGGUAUAGUCAGUAGUUUUAAAAUGGGCUGAGCAGAGCCGAUAAUUGUUCGUUUUAGAGAGAUGAAUGUGGUCAACCAGUUCAUCAAUUUUGGGAAACUCUUGAUCUGUAGCCAAUAGCCAUGCCAUGAUACGAUCCCUCUCUCUUGGGAAGGAAUGCAUGAUGAUAUUAUGGUCGCCUUUUACGCUCCUUGACUUGCAACCGUUGACAAUGCAGCCCGGCAUUUUCUAAAGAA